AUGCCGGUCAAGUCUCUCUUGGAGCUCGCCACCGCGGCGUGCAUAAAGAAUAUCCGCGAACUCGAAAGCGUCGGCGACUAUCUCCCCUAUAAAGCUGUUCGCAUUCUCCUUCUCAAGGUCGACAGCGCCAGACAGCUACGCCUGAUCGAGCAGAACUCCCCACAGAUCCAGGGUGAGACGGGCGAGGUCUGGCUCAAGCUCAUCAAGCACGAAUUCCCUAUGGAAUUGAAGCAAAAGGCAUACAAGCCCCCAAACCCAACAAAAUGGUAUCGCGUCUAUGAGAAAUACAAGUCGGACCAUCAAAAAGCCCUCCUGGAGAGUGAGGCUCAGCUCAUGAAUGCCAUGAUGGGGCUCAAAGAGGAUAGGGAGAAGAAUACCAGCAAGAUCAUCGAUGACAGGAGGUUGCUCCCGCGUGGAGGGAGGGUUGGGCCAAAGAAACACUGGAGUAUGGGUGGUGGCUCGCGAGACCCCAAUGGUAGCACACUCGCUUUCACCAAGGGAAGUCGUACCAAGACUCACAAUGGCGCGAGCGUCAUGCGCAAGGUACGACGAGAGACGAAGGAGAUUGCGAGCAUCCAUGGGUCAUUAUCGAGGCCAUCACAGGCCACCAACUCUCUUACGAAACUUCGCAAGGCACCUGCAGCUAUGGUGGAUGACUACCAAAGAGCCUCUCGGCCAUCACUCAUACCUCCUCAACCAAAAUCAGCACCUUCUGCCGCGGUGCUAGCUCACGAGGAGCGAGCGCAGUACAUCACAGACUCUGAAUCAGACGACGACGACGGUGGUGAUCUAUUCGACGACGAAGAGCCCUCACCCCCUCGAAAGAUGAAUUCCCGGCCGGCUGCAUCCACCAUCAGGAGGCCUGUCUCUGCAGCUCCAGGCAAGGCCAAACGCUCUGGUCUUCUUUCAAACAGCUACAAAGGUCCCAAAUCUCAAGCUACAACAGCGUCAUCACAGCCAAGACCUUCCCGGCCAGUCGAAAAGAGGAAGCCAUCUCCUGUCCCUGAGCGAACUGUGCUAUCGUCUUCACCCGAAGCUGAAGAGGUUGGCCUAUCCCCUUCUCCGCCACCAGCUUCAGGUGCACGGCCUCCUCUGGGAGGUGUCGGGCCACGCAAGCGCAAGGCCGCAGGCAUUUUCAUGAAGCCCAAGCGAAGGGCGUAA